AGACUGUCCGCACAGCCACCCCCUUCCCCAUGGUGAGCCUCUUCCUUGUCUUCACCGCCUUCGUCAUCAGCAACAUUGGCCACAUUCGCCCGCAGAGGACCAUCCUCGCUUUCGUUUCUGGCAUCUUCUUCAUUCUGUCAGGCCUCUCCCUCGUUGUGGGCCUCGUCCUCUAUAUCUCCAGCAUUAAUGAUGAGGUGAUGAAUCGACCUAGCGGCUCUGAGCAGUACUUUCAUUAUCGAUAUGGCUGGUCCUUCGCCUUUGCCGCUUCCUCCUUCCUGCUGAAAGAGGGGGCUGGCGUGAUGUCCGUGUACCUGUUCACCAAACGCUACGCGGAGGAAGAGAUGUACAGGCCCCACCCGGCCUUCUACCGGCCCAGGCUCAGCGACUGCUCCGACUAUUCGGGUCAGUUCCUCCAGCCCGAGGCCUGGCGCCGAGGCCGCAGCCCCUCGGACAUCUCCAGCGACGUCUCCAUCCAGAUGACACAGAACUACCCUCCUGCCAUCAAGUACCCGGACCACAUGCACAUCUCCACCUCGCCCUGCUGA